UUUGACCAACCCAUCCAUAAGAAAGACACGUGUCUAAGAAGGCCUAUAAAGGCUCUAAGUAAAAACCCUAACAAGAAGAACGUGGUCGACAUUUCCGCCGAUAUUUGCGGGUGCUGUCAGUCAGGAUGGGUAAUAUCUGUGGUUGCUUCGAAAUUGGGGAGUACACACGUGGCAUUGAAGAAAAAAGAGGCAAAUUCAGCAGAGAACUCAAACCAGGACACCAUUGUGUACCUUGGUGCUUUGGUUACCGGAUCGUGGGCCGGGUAUCAAUGAGAGUUCAAUGCUACAAUGUGUCUUGUAUAUCGAGGACAAAGGAUGAUGUGUUUGUCAAUGUGGUUGCGUCAAUUCAUUUCCAAAUUUUGGAUGUUGCUGAUGUGAAUAAUGCAAAGAAAGCUUUCUAUGUGCAUAGUGAUCCAGAACAGCUAAUUAAGGCACAUGCCUUUAAUGCUCUCAAAACCAACAUCUCCAUCAACACUUUCUUAGAACUGUUCCAGAAGAAGGAUGACAUUGCUGAUACUGUUAGCCAGAAGCUCAACCAGCUUAUCUCCGCUGAUUUCGGAUAUGGUCACUUCAAAACAAUAAUCCUCGAUAUCGCUCCGGAGGACCAUGCGAAACGUAUCAUCAACAUUGGAAACGCAGCUCCCAAGAUAGCAUCGGCAUUGCCAGAAGCAACCACGGAGGAGCUGAUCGAAGUUUUGCUAGCUAAAGAAUCCAAAGAGUAGCUCCUUCAAGCAUCAACGACUUGGUACUCUUUCAUUUUCUAUCAUAACAGUCGAGUUUUUUGGUUUAGACUUAUUUUGACCUGUUAAGGUCUGGUUUUGCCUUGUAAACGGAGCUUCCCUAUUUCAAUAAUGAACUUGCAAUAACAAA